GCAAAGACUAGAUUUAUUGUGUUGUGUCUUGGUAAGUAAAGUACUAAUUUUUACUACCUACUAAGAUGGCAAAGCCUACAUUUUUUUGUUCUAUAAAUGCAGUGCAGUGGGUUUUCUUGAUUUGAGUUCAUAUAACACUAAUUAAUCCUUUCUUGUGAUCAAAAUGGCAACGUUCUUGAAAACCCAAUUGAACUCCCAUGCCAUAGAGAGUGAAGAAAGUGGGAAUGGUGAAGUUGAGAAAAACCCUUCUAAAACCCUUUCAUUUCCCUUUUGGUACUGUGCUGAAACAGGUAUAUACAGCAGCAAGUACCCUUCCAUAAAAUUGCCAGAAGACCCUUUUCUUGAUGUUGUUUCCUUCAUUUUUUCUCACAAAAAUGGUGGGGUUUCUGCUCUUGUGGACUCAACUUCUGGCAAUUCAAUUUCCUAUUCAGAGCUUUACCCAAUGGUUAAGUCUAUGGCUAGUGGUCUUCAUCAAAGGGGUGUUUCAAAAGGUGAUGUUGUUUUGAUUCUCCUCCCUAAUUCCAUUUAUUUCCCUGUUAUUUUGUUGGGUGUUUUGGCUCUUGGUGCAAUUGCAACCACUAUGAAUCCAUUUAGUAAUUUGUUAGAGAUAAAGAAGCAAGCCCUUGAUUGUUGUGUAACUUUGGCAUUUACUUCUAAUGAUAAAGUUGAUAAAUUGUCUACAUUAGAUAUUCCAUUUAUAGGGGUGCCAGAAAUUUUGGUUUCUGGUUUGAAUUGUAGUGAAAGUUCUGUUUUUUAUGAACUGAUUUCCUGUGAUCCCAAUUGGGCUUCAAGACCUAAAAUAAGUCAGCAAGAUACAGCGGCAAUUCUGUACUCGUCUGGUACUACUGGUGUGGGAAAAGGUGUUAUCUUGACUCAUGGGAACUUUAUAGCCAUGGUGGAAACUUUUGUGAGGUUUGAAGCUUCACAAUAUGAAUAUUCAAGUUCUGAGAAUGUGUACUUGGAUGUUACGCCAAUGUUUCAUGUGUAUGGGCUUUCUCUCUUUGUGAUGGGGUUGUUGUCGUUGGGAACUACAAUUGUUGUGAUGAGAAAAUUUGAUGCUGAUGAGAUGGUGAAAGCUAUUGAAAGAUACAAUGUCACUCAUUUUCCCCUAGUCCCACCAUUACUAAUGGCAUUGACUAGAAGAGCAAAGGAUGGUGCUUUGAGCAGUAUGAAGAGCUUGAAACAGGUUUCAUGUGGUGCAGCACCAGUAAACCCAAAAUCCAUUGAAGACUUUGUUCACACUCUCCCAGAUGUUGAUUUCAUUCAGGGAUAUGGCAUGACUGAGUCAACUGCUAUUGGAACACGUGGUUACAAUACUGAAAAGCUGCAUAAUUAUUCUUCAGUAGGGCUUCUAGCUCCAAACAUGCAAGCUAAAGUAGUGGAUUGGAUCACCGGUUCAACCUUAGCUCCCAACUGCAUGGGUGAGCUCUGGCUUUGUGGACCUGGUGUAAUGAAAGGAUACUUGAAUAACUUAGAGGCUACUAAGUCUACGAUUGAUGACAAUGGUUAUCUCCAUACUGGUGAUAUUGCGUAUUUUGAUGAAGAAGGAUAUCUUUAUGUCAUUGACCGUCUGAAAGAGACUAUCAAAUACAAGGGCUUUCAGAUAGCUCCUGCUGAUUUAGAAGCUGUAUUAGUGUCACAUCCAGAUAUCAUUGAUGCUGCAGUAAUAGGAGCCAGAGAUGAGGAAGCUGGAGAAAUUCCAGUUGCAUUUGUCGUCAAGAGAGACGGGUGUGCAGUUUCCCAAACAGAUGUAAUCAACUUUGUUACUAAGCAGGUUGCACCAUUCAAGAAGAUUAGAAAAGUUUACUUCAGAGCUUCCAUACCCAGGUCUGCAGCUGGGAAGAUUCUUAGAAAGGAGUUAAGGAACUUAUUAACUUCCAAGUUAUAGAGCCUCUUCAUCAACCGUUGAGCUCUGGAGUUGCCUAACAAAAUUCGCUAACCGGCGAAACACAGAAGAAAUCAGUUAUAGAUGAAGAUACUUUUUUUUUUGUGUUUUCUUAUAGUUGCAAAAACACCAGUUACCUGGUAAUAUGUACAAUUCUUGAUCAAUCUUAUGAUUUCAGCAGCUCUAGUUGCCAUCUAUAGCUGCCAAAAUGUAUCGAAUAAUCCCUUGGUCCAGUAUAUUGAUGAUUGAUCUCCUGAUUUUUG